CAUCGUCUGUUAUCCAACGAUGAGGUUUCCUUUUCUUUUUAUCAGCAGAAGGUGGAACGUUAAGGCUGUUCACAGACCGCAACAAAGUCCAUGUAUAUCAUCAAUUUUAGCUCUGACUAGAGACCAGAGGUUCUUCGUGUUGAGAUACACCAGCACCAGUCUGUUCAAAAACGACAGGAAUCACUACAUAACCACUCCCAUCUUCUAUGUUAAUGCUUCACCUCAUUUAGGACACUUGUAUUCAGCUGUGAUAGCUGACUGCUUACACAGGUAUAAACUGCUCCAGGGAUUCGACUCAAAGUUUGCAACAGGCACAGAUGAACAUGGCUUGAAAAUCCAGCAAGCUGCUGAAGCAGCAGGAAAAGAUCCCCUGACUUUCUGCACGGAUGUGUCUGAGAGAUUCAAACAUCUCUUCAGCAGCUGCAACAUAGCGUACACAGACUACAUAAGAACCACUGAGCAGAGACACCACCGAGCCGUGGAGCAUUUCUGGUCAGUGCUCUGGAACAAAGGGCUCAUCUACAAGGGGAGUUAUGAGGGCUGGUACUCCACACAAGAUGAAAGCUUCCUCAUGCCUUCGCAGGUGGACAAUGCUGUGGACUCAUCAGGGAAGGAUAUCAAAGUGUCGCUGGAGAGUGGGCACAAGGUGGAGUGGAUGAAAGAGGAGAACUACAUGUUUCGUCUGUGUGCGUUCCGGUCUCAGCUGCUCGACUGGCUCAGAGGAAAUCCCAGGGCUGUGCAGCCGGAGCGUUUCUACCAGACUGUUCUCCAGUGGCUGCAGGAGGACCUUCCUGACCUCUCAGUGUCCCGGCAGAGGAGCCGUCUUCACUGGGGCAUCCCAGUCCCUGGUGAUUCUGAGCAAACCAUCUAUGUGUGGCUAGAUGCCCUGGUGAACUACCUCACAGUAGCUGGCUACCCAAAUAAAUAUGACCAGUGGUGGAGCAGGGCCCACCACAUUGUAGGAAAGGACAUCUUAAAGUUCCAUGCCAUCUACUGGCCAGCUUUUCUACUAGGAGCUGGACUGCCACUGCCACAGACAAUAUAUGUGCACUCUCACUGGACUGUGGGGGGGAAGAAGAUGUCUAAAAGUCUGGGUAAUGUAGUAGAUCCUCUCGAGUGUUCACAGAUUUUCACAACUGAUGGUAUGAGGUACUUCCUUUUGCGUCAGGGUGUCCCAGACUCAGACUGUGACUACACAGAUGAGAAGGUUAUCAAGCUGCUCAACGCAGAGCUUGCUGACUCUCUGGGUGGUCUGCUUAAUCGCUGCACAGCUCCAGCUCUUAACCCAGCUCAGGUCUAUCCUUCUUUCUGUCCUCAGUCCUUCCCAAGCAAACAGGGAGGACGUACAGUGGUUGAAGACUACCACAUGUUGGAUGCUGUUAAAAAUCUCCCUGCUACAGUGGAGCAGCACUAUGAGCGCAUGCACGUGUACAAAGCUCUGGAGGCCAUUACUGCCUGUGUGAGGCAGACCAACAAGUUUGUUCAGCGCCACACACCAUGGAAGCUGGACAGGAGGGACAGCAAAGACCAACGCUGGCUAGACACCAUCAUCCAUGUCUCCUUUGAAUGCCUGAGGAUUUAUGGCACACUUCUCCAGCCAGUAGUGCCAGAGAUUUCUAACAAGCUCCUGUCCAGACUCGGGGUGCAACCAGGUGAGAGGAACUGGGCAGCGCUAAAGUUCCUGCUAAGGUAUCAGGGAAUGGACUGUCCAUUUGAAGGGAGAGCACUAGGGUCUGACUCUGGAGUACUGUUUAGUCGUGUGGAAAGACAGAAUGUAGAUAAAGAAAGGAAAAAGACAACAAAAAAGGUAGCAAAAUUGAAAUGAAUUUUGUUCCCUGCACAAUGAUUUAAUCAAUCAAUAAAACUACUGUUGCUCAUUUAA